AUGCAAGAGGCCUUCACUCUCCCGAAGCUCACUUUGAGUGGUGCACUUCUCACACUCUGCGGUUCCGCCAUUGUGGUCUACCUCAUAUUCAAGCGCUACGAGCCAAUCGACUUUUCCGUUCAUCUUCCCUUACUCGUGAUCCCCCCGACUCUAGCUUUACCGCUCUUGUUGCAGCAUCUUGCGCCUCUUCAAGCAGUCUUUAUAUCUUUCUCUGUUUACUAUGCCACCAUCGUCUUGUCGGUAGUUAUAUACCGUCUCUCUCCUUUCCACCCGCUUGCGCGGUACCCGGGCCCGCUGCUCCUAAAGAUUUCCAAGUUUCCCAUGGGGUGGGUUACGUUCCAGGGACGCACGCAUACCCACGGCCGUGCGCUGCACAAGCGUUAUGGUGACAUUGUAAGAAUUGGUCCCAAUGAAGUGUCCAUUCGUGAUACCGCCGCAGUUGUUCCCCUCAUGGGCUCCUUGGGUCUGCCUCGCAGUUCCGAAUGGGCAGGCCGCACGAUGUACCCGCAGAUCCGCUCACUGAUAAGUACUUCCAACCUAGCGGAACAUGCAGCGCGGCGGAAGCCGUGGAACCGAGCGUUCAAUUCGACCGCGCUCAAGGGAUACGAGGAAAUAAUAGCCCGGCGUGCGACGCAGUUCGUCGAGGGGGUUGGCAGACAGCAACGGGUCGACCUCGGAACCUGGUUCGGCUGGUUUACGUUUGACUUUAUGAGCGAUAUGGCCUUCGGCGGAGGGUCAGAGAUGAUGCGCGACGGGGAUGAUGCCAGUAUCUGGGGCCAGCUCGUGUCGGGCUUGAAAUGGGCAGCCGUAUUGGGCCAAGUCCCGUGGCUGAGCAUGUAUGCACGAAGCGUUCCCGGCGUCGGCGAGAGCUGGAAGAAGAUGCGCGCAUUCGGAAUCCAGCGCGCCUCACUGCGUGUAAAGAACGGCUCGCACAGCCGAGACCUCUUCCACUACCUCAAUAAUGAAGACGGCAAGGCAGAAGCGCAGCCACCCUUUGCGCAUGUCAUCUCCGACGGCUCGCUCGCGGUCAUUGCGGGCUCAGAUACGACCUCGGGGGUGCUCACAAGCCUAUUCUUCUGCCUUCUCCGCCAGCCCGAGGCCUACGCGAACUUGCAAGCGGAGGUGGACAAGCUCUAUCCCCCGGGCGAGAAUGCACUCGAUACGAAACACCACGGGGACAUGGCUUUCCUGAAUGCCGUUCUGAACGAAGCUAUGAGGUUGUAUCCUGCCGUCCCUAGCGGGAGCCAGAGGACCACUGGGAAGGGACAUGGCGGCAAGUUCAUCGGGCCUUACUACCUCCCCGAAGAAACCAACGCCUCGAUCCACACCUGGUCCGUGCAUCGCGAUGCGCGCAACUUCAGCAUGCCGGACAAAUUCUGGCCCGAGCGGUGGCUCAUCGCUGAAGACCCGGCGUUGCAAGCGCAGACGCCGGGGUUCGUGCACAACGCAUCUGCGUUCCUCGCGUUCUCGUUCGGCCCCGCGAACUGCGUGGGCAAGAACCUCGCGCUGCAGGAGAUGCGGAUGCUCGUGUGCUUGAUUAUGCAGCGUCUCACGAUGCGUUUCCCGGCCGGGUUUGACCCGCAGACAUAUGACGACAGCGUCAGGGAGGUUGUGGUCUGCCAGAAAGGGAAGCUGCCGGUUCUGGUGGAGCGUCGGCCAGGGUUCUGA